AUGGCCUCCGUCGACCCCGCUGCAACACCUGCGGAUUCGCGCAGCUUGGACAGUGACCGGAAAUGGAGUCUCCAGCCUCUACUUCGCAGUGCGGAGCGCUCGCAUAGCAAGAUGCCGGGAAUUAGAAAAAUCCCGCUCCGUGCUAUUGGAAUCAUUGCCUUCAUUGCGUUCUUGAACAUUAUUGUUUGGGUUGCGGCUGGUAUUGUACUGAGCUAUCACCCGUCUCUUGUGUCUACGGCUGCUCUUGCCUAUUCACUUGGGUUGAGACAUGCCUUUGAUGCCGAUCACAUUUCAGCCAUCGAUUUGAUGACAAGAAGACUUCUGGCGACGGGACAAAAGCCUGUGACCGUGGGCACUUUCUUCUCUCUGGGACAUUCAACAAUCGUGAUCAUCACAUCUAUUGUCGUGGCGGCGACCGCUGCAGCCGUGUCCUCGCGCUUCGACAAAUUUAGCACCAUUGGUGGAAUCAUCGGCAGCGGUGUCAGUGCUGCUUUCUUGAUUCUGCUCGGUGUGAUGAAUGCGUAUAUUCUAUACAAGUUGAUCAAGCAAAUGCAGAAAGUCUUCAGUCUCCCUGAAGGCGCAGAGGAUGAAGCUUGGAAAAUCGAGGGUGGAGGAAUUCUCUUCUCGGUUCUGAAGAAAAUGUUCAAAUUGAUCGAUCGACCAUGGAAAAUGUACCCUCUCGGUAUCCUUUUCGGUCUCGGUUUCGAUACCUCUUCCGAGAUCGCUCUUCUCGGAAUCUCGUCUAUCGAAGCCGCGAAAGGAACUUCUUUCUGGGUGAUCCUCAUUCUCCCGGCUCUUUUCACCGCUGGAAUGUGUCUUCUGGACACAAUCGAUGGAGCUCUGAUGUUCUCCCUGUAUAUCCAACCAGCGGCCAACUUCCUUCCAGCAAAGCCAGAUGCAGAGACAGCAUCCGUGGCCAGUGAUCCUGACGAGCUGCCACAGUCACACAACAACCACCGCGACCCAGUGGCUUUCUUGUACUACUCGAUCGUGCUCACGACUUUGACCGUCAUUGUUGCUAUCGUCAUCGGUGUGAUUCAACUGCUUACUCUCAUUCUCAACGUGACCGAUGCCGAAGGCAGUUUCUGGGAUGGCGUGCAAGUUGCCGGUGACUACUACGACGCUAUCGGCGGAGGUAUCUGUGGUUGCUUCAUUGUGUUUGGUGGGCUCAGCGUGCUGGUUUAUAAGCCUUGGCGCCGGUGGAUGGACCAGAAGCAUGGCAAGAAUGCUGUACGUGAUGGGGACGUAUAUCAAGAUGAGGAUGAAGGCCCUGAACAUGCAACCGUCACUCAGACAGGUGGUCAGUAUGGAAGCACUGCCGAGGUUGUUGGGAAGGGUGCUUCGCCCCGGGUGAAUGUGCAGGAGAGCCACGAGCCCACGCUCGAAGAGCACGUUGUCUGA